AUGAGCACUACUAGGGAAAUAUAUGGCGAGACUCGCCCAGAGAUCUCAGAGAUAACUGUUAGCAAAGUGCAGACCUACUAUUUGACGGACGAUUAUCUUAGCAAGCCGAGGAACACUCCUAUGAAAACGCUAGAAGACAGUGUUCGCUUUAGCGAUGAGAAUCGUGGGUCCGAAGGUGGCAGCGCUGGUGACCUACCUGCAUGGCCUGAUGGACAGCGAUUAUUUCGCAAAUGUGGUGAGACAAAAGGCAUUAAGGAUCGAACAUACUACGAGGCAUUGCACCAUAUUCAAAGGCAGCGUCGAGAAAAUGGAGUUGACGGCGCUCUCCAGGACCAUUCACCUCGGACGCGUUCCAUGGGGGAUCAUCUGGAUGAUCAACAACAACUCUUAGAUGCUUUGCUGUUUUGCGAUGUGAAAGCAGGUGGUACCCAGAUUGCGGCACAGGCGGGUUACCCAGUACUCUCAAUUCCAAUCGGCCUAGAUCCGGAGGGCAUGCCAGUACCUCUCACGUUGCAGCACUCCGCGUGGCAAGGAGUCAAAUUGAUCAAAUCGGCCAGUGCAAUCGAGGACCUCAUCAAGGUGCAUAAAGAGCAGAAUUCGGCACUGGCAACUUCGAGGCUUGGUAGAACGGCCCCAGGUUAUCAGAAUCAUCCGAGAAAGAAUAUACCUGUGGAGCCUGAAUACAACUGGCCAGGUCGACAUUGA